GGGACCUGCUGUCAUUUAUUGGGCUGAUAAACACUUAGAAGUGGCGACUGUAAACUAGGAGAUUAGAGAUCGUUGCGAGGAGGCACGCUGGGGAGAGACCGCCAACUGCAGGUGCUCUCAAUGAAGGAUCCGUAACCAUCUCCCUCCCCAUGCUCCUCCCCUUUCUGCUCCUCUGGGGCCUGGCCAUACCAGGUGGCCAUGCCUUCUUCCCCAACUUCUGGUCUAAGUUCUUGUCCUUCACCUGGGGAUCCUUCACCCAUCAGGAUCUGACGGAAGAAGCCGUUCUGAACGUCACUUUACAAAUCCUGCUGGACAACAAACACCCCACCAGACCUCCACUUCAUUGGGAAGACUUUGAGGGCAAGACUCUGACUGCAGAUGCCAUACUCGAGGCGUAUUAUGGGGAUAAGGUGUCCCUGCGUCCAUUUCGAGCCGCCAUGAGGGAAAUAGUUGGUGCCAAUGCCAAUAUGGACUUUCUCAGUGGAACCCGCAAUGAUCCUGUCCGGCACUUUGACUCAGAGAGGGUGAGACAAGGAAACAGCCUCCUGCUACGAUCCCGCGAGGACCUGCUGAGGAGUAUUGGGGCCAAGGAGUAUGAAGGGGCACGAGAGAUACUCGGCCAGAUAUUACAUUCACUGCAGGAUUUUUACAGUCAUACCAACUGGGUAGAGCUGGGGAACACAGACAUCCAUCCUAAUCUCACCACCCCGGGAAAAGACAUUGACGCCAUAGCUGAAGUUUCUGUUCAGACCUGUACGGAUUGCGCCGAUGUGUCUUGUCAGAAUAACAUCGCAUCAACUAUUCAAAAAAGACAUCUCCUGACGUCUGGAUACUAUGGAGUGUCACCUGUGAAGCCUCAAGGUAAGUGCAGUCAUGGAGGACCGUUUGAUGACAGUAGAGAACGCAGCGCCAGAGGAGGGAUCAACAAGGACACGGCCAAUGCUAUAUUUUCUCCCCACCAUUUUCUCCAUGAAAAAGCAGCACGAUUGGCUCUAAAGGCUUCUAUAAAAUUUCUGAAUGAGCUGCGGCCAGAGGUGACGGAUAGAGGAAUGCUGAGACUCCUGGGAGUUUCCGCCUUCCCGGCUCUGAGCUUCGUCCUGGACACCACAGGCAGUAUGGGAGAAGAGAUUACAUCGGCUCGUCUACAAACACACAGCAUCAUCCGGCGCCAACUUAGGACUCUAUUAGCACCAGAUUACUAUAUUUUGGUGCCUUUCAAUGACCCAAGCUUUGGCCCCGUUUAUAAGACAAGUGACCCUGAAGAAUUCUUAAACAUCUUCAACAGUCUUCAUGCUGUCGGUGGUGGUGAUGAGCCAGAGAUGUGUCUAUCGGCACUACAGCUAGCUCUGGUCAACACUCCUCCGCAUUCUGAAAUCUUUGUUUUUACUGAUGCUUCGGCAAAAGACACACAUCUCCGAAGUAAUAUUGAGGCUUUAAUCCAAGAGAGGAAGAUGAAGGUGUCUUUCCUAAUAACAGAGGAUACUUCCAGAACAAAAGCAAGGAGCCGGCGGGAGGUAUUACAUCCCAACAGAUUUGACCUUUAUGCAGAAUUGUCCUCUGUUUCUGGAGGUCAGAUCAUUUUUACCAACAACCAAGACAUUUCUGAAGUUGCCAAAAUUAUAACAGAUUCAGCCUAUCUUGACGUGGUCACGCUCCUCAAUGUGCAGAUGUCAGAGGGAGGCAUCAAUCACCAUGUAUUUCUGGUGGAUGAGUUCUUGCACAAUGUCACAAUGUACAUAAACGGUGACGUCAGGGAACUCCGUAUACAUGAUCCAACAGGGCGAAAACAAAAUGGCCGCCGUCAGUUUUAUGGCAAAUUUACCCGAGUGUUCCUGUCAGAUCCCCUGCAGGUGGGCAACUGGACAAUUUUUAUGAAAACCGUCGAACCCUACAGUAUUCACGUUCAAGGUCGGAGCUCUGUUGAUUUCCUCUAUUAUUUUGGGACUCCUGUAAAUGGAUCUCAUCCUGGACUCUAUCAACUCAACCACCAACCAGUGGCAGGUGUACCUGUGAUCCUAGUAGUUGAUGCCAUUGGCCUUCCAGAGUCUGCCAACCUAAGCCAUGUCAGCUUGACCACGCGCACUGGAAAGAUCCAGACAGCUGAACUAGAGACAGCCAACCAGGCAGGACUGUUCACAGCCAAAAUCGGUGAGAUACCUAUUGGAGAGUUUAGUGUUGGCGUGAGAGGUCAGGGUGGAAAAGGACUAGAGCUGAAACGGGAGGCACCGCAGCACUUAACUGCAGCUGAAUGCAUUCUGGAGAUGUCUAGUAAUUCGUUGGUGACUCCAGGGACCUUCCAUACGAUUUCUGUGAAGAUCACUAAUUUUGGAAAACCUCACUGCUAUUCCCUCAAAAUGAGUGAUGAUGUCAGCGAGGAGUCGGCUACAUCCUGGUUACAGAUGGACUCUGGAAAGACAGAAAUAUGGAACACGGGGAUCAAAGUUCCUGACAGCACUGAGCAAAACACCAUCGUCGCGGUAAUGGUGGAGGCUUUGCUGUGUGACAGUGACAUCCAGCCUCCAUGCUUCACCUACCUCCCAUUAAUAGUCAUUGGGAAAAAUGAGACUUCAACAGCGCCCCCUCCAGUUUGCCCUCAGCCGUCGUAUCUCCAGUCCUGCCCCGAGUCGCUGGCUCCCGGUCGCUGCAAGGAUCACCAGUGGAGCGCCAUGGUCUUGGUCACCGACAUCAAUGGGAUUAAAUCGGCCCACGUUGUAAAUGGUUCCGGUACGGCCUCUCCUUAUUCAGAUGCAGGAAAUGACGGCAUCGAGUACACGUCCAGCUGCUGCCACCUGCAGGCCGAACUAUUAUUCACCAACCACAAGGACGCAGCGUGGAACUGUUCCCUCCACGCCCCAAUCGUGGCCACCCAGGCAGGACCUAAAGCCCACUAUUUACUCAUAAUACCGCUUCUGCUGAUACUUGUGGUGGGCUUGGCCAUAUGUUACGUCCAAAAGAAACGGAGAAGUAGGACUGAUACAGAGUACAGCAGCCCCAAGGACUGUGAAAAGGAGUAACGUGAUUGGAUAGGAAAGUUCUGGUGCCAAAAAAAAUCUUCGGCACCAGGUAUGAAAGGCACGAUGAGCACAGACAUUAUGGUGAAACUCCACCUUUGGCCGCCAUUUUCUUUUGGGUGCAAGAUUUCAUCCAAAAUUCUGCACUGAUUGAUAUAAAAGGUGGAAAGAAAAAGUUCACAAAAGAGGACAACUUAAAGGGGUACUCCAGUGGAAAACAUUUUUAUUUUAAUUAUCUGGUGCCAGAAAGUUAAACAAAUUUGUAAAUUACUUCUAUUAAAAAAUCUUA